CAAGCGAAAGAAUUUCCUUCAAUUUUACAUCCAUGUGAAGUCUGGGGAAAAAAAAACAACACACACAAUCGCCUUCGACCGAACGAGAGAGGGACGACGCCAAUAACAGCGGACGCGAAGGGACACCAGGGAUAACUUUGGAUUCGGGAUUUUUAUCCGGCUGAAGUUUGACACAGCCCCCCCUCUCCCCUCUUCCAUGACACAACGGUGUCAUGACUGAACACUUUUCCCACGGAAAAUUGAAAAAAAAGAUAUCACUCGUCUCGGAGUCCUAAGGAAAGUACACUCCGCUGGAGCGUUUUUUUUUCACGGGACACAAAGAGUUUGGAAAAAAUGGAACAUACUUAAUGCAAAAAAAGCUUGCUGAGCAGCGGCAGAUGUGAUUUUUUUUUAACCCCCCCUUCUGGAAACACUCCCAAGGAGAAUAUAACAGACUCUGAGUCGAUGCUUUAAAGCAAUCCAGCACGGACUAUUUUUAAUUACACUAAAAAGGAUUUAGAAUCAUGUUAUUUGGCUAAAAAAAAAGUUGAAUAAUAGUAAGGGAAGCCCAAUGAGUGGGACACAGACAACGCUCACUGAUAGGACACCAAGCAUUCUCAACAAGGAUCCUCCAGAGAGGAAGCUGAAGAACGACAAAUGCGUCUUGCUCAAACACGAGUUCGACCCCACUGGCCUUGUCCAGCGGUGUGUGAUAAUCCAGAGAGAUGAAAAUGGUUUUGGGUUGACGGUGAGCGGAGACAACCCGGUGUUUGUGCAGCUGGUCAAGGAAGAUGGCGCUGCAAUGCGGGCAGGCGUCCAGACUGGAGAUAGAAUCAUUAAGGUUAACGGGACCUUAGUCACACAUUCAAACCACACGGAAGUCGUGAAGCUGAUCAAAUCCGGGUCCUACGUGGCGCUCACAGUGUUGGGGAGGCCUCCCGGUCUCCCACAGAUCCACUUGGAGGAGCACGAGGACGACACGGUGGAUGAGGAAGACGGCGAUGGCCGGCAGUCGGUGCGGAACUCGCCGGGCGAGGACCGACGAGGCUGCGCCUCCUGCAGCCCGGUGGUGCUCCCCCACUCCUCCCUCCUUGACAGGGAUGGAUCAACGGACGGCAGGAACAUGGAAGCUGAGGAGCGGGAUGGAACCGUGUGCUCACAAGGGGGCGCCUUUGGCGACAGGAUGGGUGGCAACGGUACAUCGGACGCCAGCCCCCCGUGCAUUGUGGGUAGCCCACCGUAUCUCCUCAACCGACAGAUCAUCGGGGCAGAAGACGACUACUUUGACUCGCAACAGGAGCAGAUCAGCGGGCAGUGCAGUUGCUUCCAGAGCAUCGACGCGCUCAAGUGUCGGCCUGCGCACCUCGCCGUGUUCCUCCAUCACGUCGUCUCGCAGUUUGACCCCGCUCCCUUGCUGUGUUUCCUGUACGCCGACAUCCACAAGCAAACCAGCGCCAAAGAAAGCCGACGAUUCUUCAUGGAAUUUCACUCCCUCUUUCUUGAUCGCACAGCAAAUCUUAAAGUCCCAAUGCCAGACACAGUCGCAGCAGAGCUUGAGAAGCGCAGAUUGGACUUAAUUCCAGAAGAGGUGUGCAGACAGUGCACGCAAACCUUACAGGACUCGCUGAUGCCGGACUUGCACAAGAACCUGGACGACUUCAGGCAGAAGCGCAGCAUGGGGCUUACGCUGGCCGAGGACGAGCUCUCCAGGCUGGACGCGGACGUCGGGAAAGAGCCGCUGUGCUGGGAGAGGGAAUGCUCGUGUGCCGAGCACAUUCUCUCCAAGAUUGAGGACAUCCUGUUAACAUCUCAGCCCACCGAGGAGGAAAAAUGCCAAACGAUGCAGUACGUCAUCCUCACCUACAUGAAACAUCUGGGUGUGAAAGUCAAGGAGCCUCGCGGCCUGGAACAGAAACGAGCGCGCAUCAACUUCCUGCCCAAGAUUAAGAAGAGCAUCAAGGCCGACAAGGAAGGUGAAGAGAAGGUGAAAAAGCCUCGUUUUCCCAACAUACUCGUGCCGCAACGUCGUCUGAGCAGAGUCGACUCCACUUCAGUGGGCAAAGCCAUGGAGGUGAACAGGCAGCGUUCCCCAAAGCUCCUCUCACAAGCAGCUUUCGGCAUUCCCGAUCCGCCCGACUCGUCCCCCUCAAACUCCGGAAGGAUCCGCGCCAAUCAACCCGGCGAGGGUUCCGACGUUUUGAGCGCCUCGUCCACUCACAGCUCGCCCACCACGUUGACCUCGGACACCAGCGGGCAAGACUCGGACACCAAUGUGUCCCCGUUCUGCACCCAACCCCGAUUGGGCGAGGUUUUGGCGUGCGGCGACAACCAAGAUGGCGUCUGCAGCCCCGCCACAAUGCAGUUUGACUUCAGCCCUUCCAACCUGGAGCACUUACAGGAGGAGGGAGACCAUGACGCCUACAGGAUGGAAGUGCAGUGCGCGGCGAGCGCGGCGGACGUCCCGAGCGAGGACGAGCAGACGUGCGAGGCGGCGGGCGAGGACGACCCGCUCAACUGGCAGCGCCUGGUGAGCCACGACCUGCUGGCCGUGCUCACGCCGCAGGAGAUCAAGCGGCAGGAAGUCAUCAACGAGUUGUUCUACACGGAGCGGGCCCACUUGCGCAUGCUGAAGGUUUUGGACGGCGUGUUCUAUCAGCGGCUGAGCAGGGACGCCAUCCUACCCCCGGACGACGUAAAGAGCAUCUUCGCCAACCUCGACGACAUCAUUCAGCUGCACGUUUCCUUCACGGAGCAAAUGGCGGCGAUCAGGAAGAGGAGCGAGACGUCCGUCAUUGGUCACAUCGGAGAGGAUCUCUUGGCCUGGUUCAGCGGCGAGGAAGAGGAGAAGAUAAGACGUGCGGUGGCAACUUUUUGCAGCAACCAACCGUCUGCGCUGGAGCUCAUCAAGAGCAAGAAGAAGAAGGACCAGAGAUUCACUUUGUUCAUGCAGGCGGCCGAGAGCAACCGCCUGUGUCGUCGUCUGCAGCUGAAGGACAUCAUUCCCGUGGAAAUGCAGCGAGCCACCAAGUACCCGCUCCUCUUGGAGAAGAUUGCCAAGUACACAGAGGAUGAGGAGGAGGCAGAGAAGGUGAAAAAAGCGGGAGAAUGCUGCAGGCAAAUCCUCAACCAUGUCAACCAGGCAGUCAAAGAGGCUGAGAACAAGCAGAGGCUGGUGGACUAUCAGAAAAGGUUGGACAUCUCGUCACUAAAACCCAACGAGAACCCGCUGAUCUUGGAGCUGCGGAAUCUGGACCUGACCAAGAGGAAGAUGGUCCACGAGGGACCGCUUUCAUGGAAAGUCAACAAAGACAAGAGAAUCGAUCUGUACACGCUCCUGCUGGAGGACAUUCUGGUGCUGCUGCAGAAGCAGGACGAGCGUCUGCUGCUCAAGUUCCACAGCAAGAAUGUGGCGACCAGCGCCGCCGACUCCAAGCUCAGCUUCAGCCCCGUCAUCAGACUCAGCACCGUGCUCGUCCGACCCGUCGCCACCAACAAAAAGUCCUUCUUCGUGCUGUCCAUGUCAGAAAACGGGGCGCAGAUCUACGAGCUGACGGCUCAGAGCGUGUCCGACCAGAGGACGUGGCAGUGUCUGAUCACGCAAUGCGCCGACGCCAUCAAGGCCAAUUCUCAGAGCAGCGACCUGCCGACGACGCCAAGCCAAGGUGACCAGGAUGCCAUUGAAAUCAUAAAUUGUGAGAUGGACAAGCCCAGCAAAGACGGCGACAUUUCAGAAUCGUCGGACAUUCUGGCCAAGCCCGCGACAAACCCGUUUAACGCAGCAAGUCGGAGGACGAGGAGGAGGCCGAAGAGGAGGCGGAGCGGGAGCCGGAGGAGGCCGCGGAAUCUGGAGCGGAAAGACGAGGAGGGAGAGGUGGAUGAGGAAGAGCUGGAGGCCUUCCUGGAUGCUCAGCUGGAAGAGGAUGAGGACGAGGAGGCAGAGGCAGACGCAUCGUCCUCGUUGUCCAAGGCUGAAGAAGCUCUCAGGACGUUGGUGAUGCUGAAGCAGCUGCUUUUCAACCACAUGAUGGACGACUCGGACAAGGAGGUGACGAAAAAGACGCCGCCCCCGUGUCGGCCCGACGCUCGCGUCGACGGCGGCUCGUGCCAAAGCUUCCCAAAGUACGACAGCCAAUCCGAACGUAACGGGGCUCUCAAUCCGGGCGGGGGUUGCGAGGAGGGCGAGGCGGAGGACAGCGCUGACGGGAUGGACAUGAGCAAGCUCCUGUCGUCAGAGAACGGCGGCAGACCCAACCUCAGCAGACGCCUCAUGACGCACCUGCGCCUCCUCCAGGCUGACCUGCAGUACCUCAAGGAAGUGGAGCUGAAGUACAAAGAGGUGAAAGGGACACCGACUGACACGCCGACGGACUCGGACAACGACGGGCUUCAUUAAGGACAACCUUGCUGUUUUUCUGCCACUUUUUGGGUCCUGAAUGCAAUAUUUUUUUAUUUUUUAUUUUCCCUCUCUCACUGCUGUCAAGCUACCAAACACUGAAGUCACGUGAUAAUAUUCACUGUGGACAAUACCACUGCAGUUCUUUUAUUAUUUUUUAUUUUUCUUACACUGGACACUUGCCAAGUACAAAACCUCGCGGAUGCAACUCCAUGCUAAAUUUUUCUCUAGCUUUGGGUACAUUAUUGCUAUUAAAAAUAAAACUAACAAGCUGUAAGACUGCAUGUGACGAAAAAAAAAAAAAACAUGUAAACCUUUGAACAAAAUUGUGGUUAAAUCUUGUAAAUUAACUUAAGAUGAGAAUUUUUUCUAUCAGGUAUUCAUAUUGUAACGCAAAAAGACGCUAAUAAGACACGCAGUAUUAAUCAUCUUUUAGUUGUUUAUCAUGUCAUAUUUAUUUUUCUCUGUGCAAUGUAAAUCAUCUCCUGUUAAAUAAAAAGACAAGGAUAUUUUU